AGCUCCAAGGAGUUCCUAAAACUUGUUGACUGGAACACGGAAGUAGGACUGGAGACGAGGGUUUAUUAUCAUAAUUCCGUUCAUCGUAUGGAGUAAAGAAAGAUUGACUUAUCUAGCUGUCUGUAACUCCAGUGAAAAUGUCUAAACUACAGUUGUUUCGUGUGUUUCUAAACGAGCGCUUAACAGCGGCUGCUUUAGAAAUUUUCGGCGCAGUUCAGAAAACGGUAGUGGAAUACCAGGAGGAGAACGAUCGACUACGUAGAUUGCUGCGGAUCACACCGGACAUUAAACUAUGUAGAAUAGAUUCCCUGCAGUUCUCUGAAGAAGAGAUUUCCCCUGAGCAGCAGUCCUGUGAGCAGGAGUGGAACCACAGUACGGAGCAGGAGGACCCAGAACCAACACUGAUUAAAGAAGAGCAGGAUGAACGCCAGACCAGUCAGGAGGAAGAUCAGUUUCAAGGGCUGGAGGAUGUCAUAGAGUUCAAAUUUACUCCUACCUGUGUGAAACGUGAAUGGGAUCAGAAGUACCCACUUCAGUCCUUAAAUCUUUCUACCACCCAGAUGGUGGAGAACAACGGCAGCAACUCUAAACCAGUCAAUCUCAUGCAUUUUGGUACUGGAACACAUGACAUGGAGUGGCUUAAGAACAAAACCUUUACCUGUGACCUUCCAGCUAAUCUAAGCAAUGCCUCCCGCAACAACUUAAACAAUAACCCAGUAAAACAUUUCAGCAACCCAUCUUUGGAUCACAGCCCACCACUGGAUUUGCACCCAUUUAUUGAAGAGCACAGUUCCAAACCCAGCCUUUCAUCUAGAAAAACAAACCGCUGCCGUGUCUGUGGUGAAACGUUUCCUUUGAAAGCUGACUUGAAGAGGCAUGUGACUCUCACCAAGAAGACUCCCAGGGAAUGCCGCUCCUGCAAAAAACACUACAACUCCAACUGUAAACUGAAGGCCCAUGUACGACUCUGUCAUGGUGGGAAACUCUGCACUUGUCCUGUUUGUCAUAAAACAUUUCAACUCAAGGGAGCCCUGUCCAGACAUUUGACAAUUCACACAAGAGAGAAAAUGUUUAGAUGUGGUGACUGUGGGAAGAGCUUUCAUGGUAAGAGGAACCUAUCCUGUCAUAUUCGAACUCACACAGGAGAGAAACCUUUUAGCUGUGAAGACUGUGGAAAAAGCUUCAGUUUCAAGGGGAACCUAACCACACACAAACUGACUCACUCAGGAGAGAAGCCAUUUAGCUGUCCGGACUGUGGGAAAAGCUUCCUUCAAAAGAGGCACCUAAUCAAUCAUUUAAGGACUCACACAGGAGAAAAACCAUUUAGUUGUGAUGACUGUGGGAAACGUUUCUGUCAGAAGGUGCACCUAAUCGGUCAUAUAAGGACCCACACAGGAGAAAAGCCAUUUAGUUGUGGUGACUGUGGGAAAAGCUUCAAUCAGAAGUCGCACCUCAAUGGACAUAUUCAAACUCACAAAGGAGAGAAACCAUUUAUCUGUGGUGACUGUGGGAAACGCUUUGGUCAGAAGGGGGAUUUAAGGAGGCACAUACGGAGUCACACAGGAGAGAAACCUUAUGGCUGCUCAAUCUGUGGUAAAAGAUUCACUCGGAACACUCCUCUGCUGAGCCAUGUGGAUAAAGUUCACAAACUAAGAAAGGAGGACAAAACAUGAAAAAGCGAAAUGGAUAAGAUUGAUUGUGGGUCAUUCCAUUUUAGUAAGCUUUGGCAUCCAUCGUGUUGUAUUGUUCCAAAAUAUCUCCUGAACAGUUACGGUUAGCAGUCCUGCAUCAUAUUUAUUGACCAUUUUCGAACCAGAUGUUAACAGGUUCUGAACAUUAGAUGCUGAGGUUUCUGCUGUUAAGUAAAAAAGUGAAAAUUACGCGAUUUCAGUGUUGA